AUGCCCGACCAAGUAACUCUCUAUACAUACUUCCGCUCCUCCUGCUCAGCACGCCUCCGCAUCGCCCUGCACCUCAAAAACAUCCCCUUCACCCCAAUCUUCAUCAACCUCCUCCGCGACGAACAAUCCAGCCCAACCCACCUCAAAGUCAACCCCUCCGGCACCGUCCCAGCUCUAAUCAUCACCCGCGAGUCCAACCCUACCUCAGUGACAAUCACCCAAUCCCUCGCCGCACUAGAAUACCUCGACGAAGCCUUCCCCCAAGGCCCCCCCCUCCUCCCCACCUCCCCAGAACGCCGCGCCCUAGUCCGCACCCUCUCCCAAAUCAUCGCUUGCGAUAUCCAGCCCGUGACCAACCUGCGAAUCCUCAAGCGAGUGGCCCCGCUGGGUGCGGAUCGGGCGGUCUGGUCGAGGGAGUUGAUUGAGGAUGGAUUGAGGGCUUAUGAGGCUAUUGUGGCUGGUUGUGCGGGCAAAUACAGUGUGGGCGAUGAGAUUACGAUGGCGGAUGUUUGUCUUGUGCCGGCUGCUUGGGGGGCGGAGAGGGUGGGGGUGGAUUUGAGUGCUUUCCCGGUUGUGGAUGGGAUUGUGAGGAAUUUGGAGAGUGUGGAGGCGGUUCGGAUGGGGCAUUGGCAGAGGCAGGAGGAUACGCCGGAGGAUUUGAGGGUUAAGGAGUAG